CGAUAAAGUACUCGGGGGAAAAAAAAAAAUAGGAAAUAAGCCAGGAUACACACACAAGGGUGAGGGGAAGAAAGAAAUAAUAAUUAUAUUAAAAAUUUCUUUGUUGUAAAUCAAAACUGCCCAUUUAUUUAUUGACUUGAAAAUAUUUUUUUACUUUUAAAAUUUUUCUUUUUAGUAUUUUUCGGUUAAUUCCAAUUUUAGUUUUGAAUUUUUUUUUAUUUUUUUAAAUUUUAUUUUAUAUAUCUAUUUUGCAGGUAGCCUGUAUGCAGUUUAAUAAAUUUUUGUAAUAUUCCAAUUUCGGUAUAGACAACAACAACACGCGAGAAAAAAAUAUAUAUUUUUUUUUUCAUUGGUUUUUAUACAUUGGUUGAACGUGAUAUAUUUCAUAUCAUAACAUUUUUCCAAUAACACUGAUAUCUACAUAGAUCCGAGUCGCAUCUCUCGAUAACUCGUUAAUCUUUUUUUAUUUAUAAAAAAAUUUUAUUUAUAUUUAAUUUAUUUUUUUAAUAAUUUAAAAAACAAUAUAUUUUUAUUUGAAAAUCAAAUUUGUUUUGACUACAAAUAUGAUAAGAUGAAAAUAUGAAAAUAAAAAUUCUUUAUGCUUAAUUUAAUAUUUAAAAAUAAAAUUGAUAAUAAUUUAUUUUUAAAUAAAUGAAAAAUCAGAUGAGGCAAUUGAUGUGCAAUUUUCAAUUGACGCAGAUGUUGUUUAUUAUGAAUAUGAAGAAAUUAUUGUUUUGAUUAUUGCAAGCUCAUGCAAGCUCUCCAUCACAUUUUAAAAACAAACAAAAAAACACAAAGUAUAAAUUAACACACAAUAUAUCACGUAUGAAAACAAAAAAAAACAAAAAAAUAAUGUAAAAAGAUUUUUAAAAAACCAUAAACGGUGUGUGAUUGAAAAUUGUUUGUGCGCAAGUUAUAUUAUAAAAACGGAAAUAUCCGAAUGAUAUUCGAGUAAAAUUCGUACUUGCAUGUUGCUACUGGUGAUGAUGGUGCUGGUAAUAUUGCUGGUGGUGGUGAUGGUGGUAAUGGUGGUGCGGUCUCAUCGAAAAGAUCUCACUAGAAUCGAUCCAAUACUCAACCCAACUACAUUACAAUAUACAUAUCUAUAUUCUCAUAUUUUUUAUUGACUCUAUUUUUUUUAUUUUUAUAUACUUUUUAUUUUCUUUGUUCAUUUGAGUAUACUAGUUUGGUAUUAUUUAUUUUUUCAUUUUAUUCAAUCAACAAAAUUGACUAUUUUUAUUUUCACAAAAUUUUGUGGUUUAGAAUUUAUUGAUGAUCGUUUUAGUUGUUUGUCGAUAAGAAAAUAUAGCAUUGCCAUCUUAAGAACAAAAGAGACAAAUAAAAUUUAUAUCUAUACCCAAUGAAAAAGAAAACAAAUGGAUUAUAAAAAAUAUAAAAAAAGAGACAUCAUUUUGCUUCUGUACGUGAUUCUUAAAUCUAUUAAAUUUUAUGAUGUAUUUAUAUAUAUUUUUUAAAGCUUUAUUAUUUUAAUAAAUAAAAUAUAUAUAAAAAAUUAUAUGAAAUAAUAAUAAAACGACCCUAUCCAACUAUGAUAUUUCGACCUUGAUUGUAAUAUAUAUAAAUAUUUGGUGAAACGCAUGCGCAUUUUGUGUUUGAUCAUCUCUCAAACAAGGAGCAACCAUACAACCCAUUCCAACAUCUUCAGCCGUGACCCCCUGGAAAGUUGCUUUUCACUUUCAUGCCCUCAACACGUUUCACUUAUUUUUUAUUAUUACUCUUUUUUUUUUUUAUUCUAUUUCGAUAUCGUUAUACCUUUUGCAAAUUACCAAAACGUUACAACAAUCAUCACAUGAUUUUUUAUUUAUUUUUAAAUGUGAUAAAUUUAGCAUGUAAUAUACAGUAGUUGAAAACAAUCAGAGCGGAAAAUAUGAUGAUAAUGUUUUUUAAAUUUUUUUUUUAAACAAAAAAAAAUAAUAAUUUAAUGGAAAGAUAUAUAAAUUUAUCUUUCACAUGCAUAUGCUUGUCGACACUUUGAAGUUCUGCUCUGUCAAAUUCAACUGUCCAGUACAUAUGAAAUGAAAAAAAAUAUAAUUAAUUUUAUUAUAUUUUAAAAAUAAUAUUAUUAUAUAUAAAUAAGAGAAAAUUAAAUUAUUAAUAUAGAAUUUUAUUAUAAUUAUUUUCAAUUAGUUUUUAUAAAUUUCUUUUUUUAUAGUUAGUCUCUUAAGUACAUUUAAUCAUAGUAAAUAAAAGUAGGUAAAAUAAAGCAAAUACUAAAAUCCUCCCUGAGGGUGAUUUGAAGAGAAAAAAAAAGUUGUUAUUUAAAAAAAAAAAUAAUAAUAAUAAAUUUCGUGAAUUAAAAAUACAAAAGGUCUGAAUAAAAUUUUAGAAAAAAAAUGAAUUUUGACAUUAUCAAAAGAGCUUGAUUUUUCUAUGAACAAGGUCACAGUAGAUUAUCGUAAUCCUCAGGAAAGAAAUAUAUAAGAGUAAAAAUAGAAAAAAAAAAAAUAAUUUUGAAAAAAGAAAAAUGUAUAUGUUGAGCCCUAGGGAGUGUAUAAGAUCGAGUGAUGUCUCGAUGGAAACUUCCAACGAAGAAUUCACGAGUAGUGCAUGUUGAAGUGCAAAAAAAGCAAAAAAAAAUUACAAGAGAGAGCUUGAGAGAGCGAGAGAAAGAGAAAGAGGAGUAAAAAAGUGAGAAAAAGACUUUAGAAUCUCGUGAUUUCAAACAAUCGAUAUGGUUGCCAGCUGGGCUUCGUUUUUCCCGGGGCACCAACCAAGCCCAUCACGUUACUGUACGUAAAAGGCCACGAUUUCAACCGAGAAUAUACGAAUUUUCCACGAUGUUAUAUGUUCGGUGGAAUACGGUGAGUUAAUUCGUUCGUUGAUUCGCGGCACGAACUGGACUAUUAUCCGAACAUCGCGAACCGGCCGGUCAGCUGUAAGUCGAGCUGACUCUACCGCAGAAGAACUGCUCCGAAACAAGCCGGGUGUACGUGGAUAUAUAAAAAAUUUAAUAAUUUAAAAUAUAAAAAUUGUUUUAUAAUAUAUAUUAUUUAUUUUUUAUUUCAAUUAUAAAUUAUAUAGUAGUGUUAACUCACAUGAGCUUUAAUGUAACACGCCAAAUGUAUUAAAACAAGUCUGAUAACAAAAAAAAAAUUAUUAAUACAAUGGUAAAUAUAUAAAAUGCAAAUAUCUAAUAUAAAACAUAACAAUUAUGAUUAAAAAAAAGAAGAAAAAAAAGAAAAUAAAUUUAAUUAAUGAAAAAUUUGCAGUAAAAAAAAAAAGAAAAUCAUUGCAAAGUGUUUUUUGACAUGAAAAUUAAAUUUACAUGAUGAUUUUUGUCUUGGGGGCCAAAAUAACAAUAAAUACCUAUUAAAAUCAUUGCUAAUUUUGUGUGUAUUUGAACAAAGAAAAAAAAAAUAUAUACAGCUAUCAAUACACGUGAAAAAUAAUUUUGAAAAAUAAUAGAGAAAUAGACAAAGGGCAAUAGAACAAGAGAGAUAAAAUAAACGAUAGAGUGAUAUAAAAGAGUGAGUAAGUGAAUAAAAUUAAAAAAAAAAAAUUGAAAUAAAGAAAUAAAAAAGAUUGGCAGCUAAAGAAAUGCACAUAGAGUAUAAAGAGUGAGUGAGAUAUGAAAAAAAAAUAAGCGGUAUAAGAGAGCCAGCAGGCGAGUGCAAGUGAGAUAAUACAAACGAGUGCGAGCAGUGGGUCUGUUGGGUGGUAAGGUGGGGAAUUAACGGGGCAAAAAGGGGGUUAGAGACGAAAGGAAUAAUAAAAAAAAAAAAAAACGAUAGAGAGAGAUUCGAUGAGAGAGAAAAACGCUAGAUUGUGAGAUAGAGAGAAAUAGAGAGAGCUGGCAGGCAGGCAGAGAGAAGACGACGACAACGGCUGUGCUUGUGAAGCUGGCAGUCCAACUCGCACGACCUCGCGACACGGAUCGGAGCAAUUUUGCUCGUAAUACACUUACACAAACACACACAGACACACGAAAACGCGAGAGAGAAUAAAAACGUAAAAAAAAAAAAGUGCACAGUGUCUAUCCAGCAACAAAAGAAAUUAACUAAAAAAAAAUAUAUAUAAUUACUGUAACAAAGAUAAUAAAUGAUAUGAAAAAAAUUAAUUUAAUCAAGUUACAUCAAAUCCAGAAGAAAUAAAAAUAUAAUUACAAUUUAUAUUUAUAUAUUGAGAGCUAGAAAAAAAAAGGAUUAUUAUUUAUUAUUUAAAAAUCCUCAUUGAGCGUGUAUAACAAAAUGUGCCUGGAUUUUGGAGCAUUCGCGGUGGUUGGUUGAAACAUUCAAAAAAAAAAAAUUACACAUACAUACACACCAAUACAAUAUACACUCUGUGUUUCUAAGGGAAAAAAUUGAAAUAAAAAAAGUAGUAUAAUAAAGAACAGAAAUAUAAAAAAUAAAAAAAAUUACCGGUGAAAUAAAAAAUAAAUUAUUUAAACGUGUGAGAGUGCGUUAUAAUAUAUAUAUGUAUAUGAAAAGAGAGAGAGUUUUGCGUCAAGAAGACAAGUUUUUGUGUGUAUAUAUAUAUAUGUGAUUAAUACAGUAACACACAAGGGAACCGGCAAUAUUAUACCUCGAAAACAGGCUGAUCGGAAAAAUUGAGUAAAGUACUUGCAGACACGAUCCAUAUUAAACGCUCGUGACAAGCGUGAAUAGCCUUGUUUUAAAAUGAAAUUAUUAUAAAAAAUUUUUUAAAAUAACUUGAGAUUGACAAAAGAAUGAUAUUUUAAAUAAACAUACUUGAUAUGAUAAUUGAGUAUUGUAAAUAGUCAGAUAAAUUGUGAUGAAAAUUUACAGAUAAUAUUAAUGGAAUAUUUGACCUGAAACAAUGAUAGAAGAAAGGAUUUAUUACAAAAAAUUUGUGCUAAGUCUUAUUAAUAAAGACAAGUGUGUUUUUAAAUGAAAUAAAAAUAUUAGGUGAAGUUUUUUUUGAAAAAUUAUGUGAUUAAUCAAUACAUUGAUUAUAUCAUUGUUUUAUUUAAAUAAAAAAAAAAUUAUUUAUAUUUUUUUUACAUUUUCCGACGAGUGCAAGUUUAAAGUGAAUGUUUUUUUAAUUUUCAAUUUUAUAUUUUAAAUAAUUUUUAAAAUUGUGAAGUUUUCAUUCCAUUGGAUAAUUGAUUAAAUACAACAAUUGAAGAUAAUGUAUGAUUAAAAUUAUUAUUUUAAAAUUUAUAUAUCAAUGAAAUUUUAGAAUCGUCCAAAAAAAUUUUUUGAUAUCACAGUUUCACUGUGUUACCGACCGGUCGUUGCAUCGCGCGAUCGACCGAUAAUUUUCUGGUUAUAUACAAGGCACAUAACCCAGGGUGGCAACAAGCUUCCAACAAUUUAAAUGCAUCUUAAAAUUUCAAAAAAUAAAUUAUUUAUAAAUUGUAAAUAUUUUUUUUUUUUGUAAUUUAAUUUUUAAAUAUUUACAAAAAUAAUAAUUUCAAAUAUUACUGGAAAUAUUAAAUUAUACAUAAAAGUGCAUUAAGUUGUUGUGUGUUAUCAGUGUACCACUUAAUCAGUGUGAAAUAAUAAUUAAAAAAAAAAAGAUAUAUCACUCAAUUUUAAUAGCAGUUACAAAGUCGUACAAAAAUAAAUAAUAUAAAUUCAAGAAUCAUCAAGGAAUCAAGCAACUCUCUCAAGACUGGGCUUAUAUUUUUUUUCAAAAUAAUUUUUUCAUCUUCAUCUUGAAUCCACUCCACUGUGUGUGUAUGUGUGUUGUGUCGCGUUUUAAAUAUAUUUUUUUCUUUCAUAAUUUAUAUAUAUUUCUCAAGAUUUUUUUUUUUUUUUAUGACUUUGUCUCGUCUCUCUGUUACGCACUCAUCCUCAAGUCUGCCUCGUAUCAAGACAAUUUGACUGUGGAAUUAUUGCUACACACAAGAAAUCGACUGUGAGUUAAAUUUGUAUAUUUUUUUUUUAAUUUUCGUUUCAUCGUGUGUGUGUGUAAAAAGGGGAUAGGCUGAUAUUAAAAAAAAUCUAAAAAAUCAGCAAAAAUCAAGAAGAAGAAAGAAGAAGCAAGAGAAAAUAUUAAGGAGUGGAAUGAAGAGGCUACUUUUUUUGAGGGACCCAUAAGCGAUGACCUUCGAAAAAUACACGAGGCUGUUGGAAGAAGAAGUAUCUUUCGGUUUCCGUGUCGAGCACGCGACCAAAGCGGCGCCAAACUCAAGAAAAUAAUAUAUAUAAAUAUACGUGGCUCAUUUGAGCCUUGAAACGGUAUAUCCUGUCACUAAUUUCAUCCAUGCUUUAAUGCUAAAAUUGAUAAAACCUAUAAACAUAUAUCAAAUAAAUAAAACACAAUUUUUUUUACUUAAAAUUUCUUUCAUCUUUCUGCAAUUUUAAAAAAUAUUCGAAAUUAGCUAUCAAAUAUAUAUUGUGUCCAUAUUUGUGAUAAAUUUAAAAGUUGAAGUAAAAAAAAAAACAAUGAUUUGUUUAUCAAUGAUAUUAUUUGAAAAUAAAUAUUUGCUAAAAUAAUAGAUAAACAAAAAUGAGAUAAGAUAAAAAGAAUGAAAAAAAAAGUAUAUGCAGACCCUUUAACGUGCCUUGGAAACGAAGAGAUUCCUCUCGCAUAUCAUCUUGAUCGAGACUGUUCCUCUUGUUACCUCUGUGGAACACUACGCAAGAAGAAUUGUAUGUACCCCGCCUUUAUUAAACCGGUUUAACUUGGCUUCGUGAAACUCGCGUUAACAUUGGUCGCGUUGUGGGAAGCAUGAGUCCAUAAAAAGAAUGAUAUAAAAAAAAAAAAAAUAAUAAAUAAAUUAUAUAUAAAAUAAUAAUAUUUAAAAAAAAAAAAAAAUAAAGGUAAUAAAAAUUUACAAGAAAGAAACGGCGUUACACAAGAGUAAUCGAGGAAGAAAAAAUUAAAAUAUUACACCAAAAGUAGUGAUACAACAACAAGACACAAGUGAUGAAUUUAAUAUUAAAUUUUGCUGAUUAAAGAAAAUAUUUAAUUAAGAAGAAAGAGUCAAAAUUUUAGUAGAAACGAAAAAAAAAAACAUUGAACUGAAUUAAUUAAUAAAUUAAUUAAAAAAAAAAGAUAAAAAUCAUAAUUAAUAAUGCAAAUAAAGAUAGAGAUUUAUUCAACAGUUAAUAAUUUGAUAAUAAUGGAUGAAUUUGAUGAUGUUUAUCAUGAUAAAACUGUUAAAAUAGUUUGAAAUAAAUAAAAAACAAAAAAAAAAAAAUAAUAAUACCUGAUUAAAUAAUCUAAUGACAAAAGUAUUGUACGUAAUUAGUAAUGAAGCAGGCGAACGAUUCGCCGAAAACUGCCCAACUGCAGUCAAUGGUACUGACAGUAAGGCAAGGUCAUCAAGAAAUAUACAAUCGUCAUCAGAAUCAAAUUGAAAAUACAAUAAUUGAUAAUAAUAAUAAAUCAAUAAUAAUAACAAAAUCACAACAACAAAAAAAUUGUUCACCUAAAAAAGAAGAGCAUGAUUUGAAGAGUAAAACUUCAACUGUCAUGUCACGGAUGCUUGCAAUUGAUGCUGAUAAUUAUAUGCUACGUAAAAGUUCAAAUAAUAGCACAACAACAACAACAUCAACAACAUCGUCAACACCUACAACAACAACAACAAAUAAUAGUAAUUUGCCAAUGUCAACAGUUCCAGUAACUGUAGUAUCAUCAUCUUCAUCAUCAUCAUCAUCAUCAUCAUCUCCAGCAUCAUCACCACCUUCAACAUCAGCAAUAACAAUAAAUUUAUCAUCACGUGGUUAUACAAACAAUAAUUGUCAACAAAUUAAUAAAACAAAAAAUAUUCAAAUAAUUGAUGAACAACAAAAAAAUAUAUCAUUUGAUAACUUGUCAUGCUCUUCAUCACCUGGCAAUGAAUUUGCCCAAUCAUUUACUUCCUCAGUUGGUCUUUUACAUACCCAACAAAACCAGUCAAUAUUGCAUGGUAACAAUGUCGACCAACAGCAACAUCAUCAUCAUCACCAUCAUAAUCAACGCAAUACUACAAAAUCACGCAGUAUUGCUGGUGGUUAUCAACAAAAUCGUCGUAUAAAUAAUCAAUCUCAAAUGAAUAAUUUAAAUACAUCAUCAUCAUCUUCUUCAAAUGAAGCCAGCAUUAAUAAUAAUAAUAAUAAUAAAAUUUAUAAUAAUAGUAAUAAUAACACCAAUAGUAACAACAGCAAUCAUAUUAAUGAAGAAAAUGGCUGUGUUUCACCCGUCCUGUUCACAAAUGAUAAAAUCAACGACUCGUCCACUUCCUCUUCAUCAUCAUCAUCAGUAUCAGUAGCAACAGCAACAACAACAGCAGCAUCAUUGACGUCUUUGUCAUUUAACAAUCAGAAUAAUAAUAUCAAGAAUAAUCAGCCAUUGAUUGGCAAUAAUCUUGAUGAAUUAAAUACACUGACAAAUAAUAAUAAUAUUGUUGUUAAUGAUAAAUCAUUAAAAUUGGCCGGAAUCCAAUUUAACAAUGAUAAUACAUUUAAUAAAAAAAAUGAUUAUUCAAAUAAUGAUAUUGUUGAUAUAAACAAUAAAUAUAUACCAAUAUGUGCACGUUUAUUAUCAUUUCAUCAUGAUAUAUGCUGGUGUAAAAAUAGUUUUAAUAAUAGUUAUGAAAAAAGUGUUGUUAAUAAUAAUAAUAAAUUAACUGAUUUAUCAUCGUCAUCAUCAUUAUCAUUGUUGAAUAUUGAUGAUAAAAAAAUUGAUAGGGAUAUUAAUAAUGAUAAUGAUAUACUUGUUAAUUGUGAAAAAAAAAUUAACAAUGUUAUUAUUAUUAAUAAUAGUAAUAAAAAUAUUAAUGAUGAUUUAAUACCGAGGGAUAAUGGCAAUUGCAAUAGUCAUAAUGGUUUUAUGAAAAAUAAAAUUUUUAUAAAUGACAAUUUAAAUGAUGAUAAUAAUAUUAAUAUUAAAAAAUUAACAAUUUAUAAUAAAAGUGAUUAUUGUGAUUAUAAUUAUAAUAAUUGUUGUUGUAUGUGUGGUACAAUGUGUUCUGUAGACUGUCAUGCCUGUUUUCACAUCGUAUGCACGGAAUUCAGUGGUCAACAUCUGUGCAAAUGGGAUACCAAGGGUCAUGCGCUUCCCGGACAAUUAUUUGACAAGGACAAGCCUGUCAGUGAAUGGACAAGUUUAAAUGUUGUUGAGUGGAUGUCUGCACUAAAUCUUUAUCGAUAUGCUGAUGUAUUUAAAUCAAAGGACAUUAAAGGUGCUGAUCUUGUACACUUGGAUAAGGAUAAAUUGAUGAAUAUGGGAAUUAAGGAUGAGUUCCAUCAGAAGAAUAUACUGUUGUGUAUUGAAGAACUUUGUCGACCAACAUCAUCAUCAUCUACAAUCGAUCGUGGAUCAUUGGCGAGUGAUGAUGACACUAGUUCAUGUGCUGAUUCAGCAAUUGGACUUGGUAACACUGGUGUUAAACAUGAUCUUGUGCCACAAAGUUUCAGUGUAUUAGAAAAAUGUGAUAAAUGCAAUAAAUAUCUUCGUGGAUUGUUGCAUCAAGGAUUUCUUUGUCAAGUCUGCGGUUUGGUAGCCCACAGAACAUGCUCAGCAACGGGUCUUCCUGCCUCUUGUCAACCACCAGACGGCGAAGGUCGACAAAGCCGAAUAAUUUCAGUUUUUGGCCUUGCACUCUGUUCGCAAUUUGACAUUACAACAAGACAAGCACCAUUUCUGGUUGAACGAUGUACUCGAACUCUUGAAGAACGUGCAGAAUAUGAUUCAACACUUGAUCUUUACAAGGUCUAUCAUAACAGUCCACCGAAUGAACAGAUUAUUGAAUUACGAGAGAAACUUAAUCAAGAUAUCAAUGCUGACAUCAGUUCAUACAGUCCCCAGUGUGUUGCAAGUGUACUGAAAAAAUUUUUACGUGAAUUACCAGAUCCAGUUAUUCCUGUUCAGUGGUAUGACAGAUUUUUAAAAGCUGCUGAUAAUCUUGCUGGUGCAAAUACCGAUGAACAAUGUGCUGCAAAAUUAAGUCAACUAGCAAGUGAACUUCCGGGGCAUCAUAAAACUACAUUAUAUUAUCUGAUGACACAUUUUUGUCGUAUUUGUAAACUACAACAUUCACGUGGAUAUACUGAACCACCAACAUUACUUGUACAAGUACUUUGUCAUAUACUUCUUCGACCACCUUGGGAACAAAUAAUAAAAGUUGUACAUAAUACAGAGGCACAUAUACGUAUUAUUGAACUGUUAUUACUUUAUGGUAAUUGGGGUGAAAAACUGCCGGAAUUUGCAAGUGCACCACAACCACCACCACGAAAAGUAUCAAGACCACAAUUUCCAGUUAUUGAACGAUCUAUGUUGGUUGAUGAAGAUGGUGGUUAUGGUGGUUCAAUCAGUAGUGAAAGACCCAUAAGUACUGAUUCAAAAGAUUUUCAACAACAAAAACCUCGUACAUUGCAAGAAGCUGAAUGGUAUUGGGGUGACAUAACACGUGAAGAAGUUAAUGAUAAAAUGAUGAAUGCACAAGAUGGUACAUUUUUAGUUCGUAAUGCAUCAUCUGGAGGUGGUGAAUAUACUCUAACACUACGUAAAAGUGGAUCAAAUAAGCUAAUAAAAAUAUGUCAUAGAAAUGGUAAAUAUGGUUUUUCCGAGCCAUAUAAUUUUAAUUCAGUUAUUGAUCUUGUUGAUCAUUAUCGUAAUUGUUCAUUGGCACAAUAUAAUUCAAUACUUGAUAUAAAAUUAUUAUAUCCAAUAUCAAAAUACCAAGUUGAUGAAGAUGUUGCAUUAAUAAGAGAUGAUGUACCAAAUUUAGUACGUCGUUAUCUUGAAAUAUUUGAUGAUUUAAAUGUACUAGAAGCAAUGAUGCAUAAAUAUAAUGAUGAAUAUAAAAGAAUAACAUAUGAAAUUGAAAUAAAACGUCAAGCAACUGAAGCAUUUACUGAAGUUAUUAAAAUGUUACAAUUACAAAAUACAUUACAAGAACAAUUUAAAGCUGAAGCACAACCACAUGAAGAAGAUAGAUUAAAAAAAAAUUCUGAUGUAUUAUUAUCACGUUUACAUGGUAUGAAUAUUAGUCAACAACAAUUAUCAAUGGAUUUAGAAGCACAAAUAAUUGAACAUCGUAAAUUUGAACGUGAAAUACAACAAGCUAAAUUUGAAAUGAAACAAGUUAUUAGACAAAAAGAUAUACUUUUAAAUUGUUUAUUACAAAAUAAUGUGUCAUCAACAAAAUUAGCAACAUUAACAUUACAACAUGGAAAAAAAUUAUCAAUUGAUGAACUUGGUAUACAAGAUAUACAAGAAUUUGAUUUAAGUAUACAUGAAGAUGAAUCAACAUGGCAAAAUUUUGAUUGUUCAAGAUUAGAUGUUGAUCGUGUAUUAAAAGGACGUCCAGAUGGUACAUUUCUUGUUAGAAAAGCACAAACUGGUCAAUUUGCAUUAUCAAUUAUGUGUAAUAGUACAAUAAAUCAUUGUAUUAUUUACGCAACAGAACGUGGUUUUGGUUUCGCUGAACCAUACAAUAUACACGAAAGUCUAGUGCAUCUUGUAAAACAUUAUGCACAAAAUUCACUAGAAGAGCAUAAUGAUCAAUUAAAAACAACACUUGCAUAUCCAGCAUAUGCAACUGAAGAACAACUUUCAAAAUUAUAUGAACAACAAAGAAUAAUAAAUGCGCUAAAUGAUAAUCAAUUUGAAAUUGAUACAUUUGAUUUACAAAUGAAUGAUUAAAUAAAUUAUUUAAAUAUAAAUAAAUAUAUUUAAAAAUACAUACAUCACCAUUGAAUGAUAGGCUACGUUUUUACAACAAAAAAAGAAAAGAAAAUAAAUACUGUGUGAUUUUUUUUAUUGAUAAAAAGUGAUUUUAAAAAAAUGCUUAAAAAGUAAUAACAACGUAUGAAGUAUAUACGUUAACGUACGCUUUAGAAAAGCGUGAAUUUAAAAAAAAAAAAAUAUAAAUAAUUACCCCGUCUGUCUUGCCACUUCAAGUCAGUACUUCCGUGAAAAUUAAAACAAGUAAAAUAAAUAUUUAAAGAUAAGUUUAUUCCCUAUUAAUUGCUAAGUAUUAUCCAUCACAUCCAGAUGGAUACAACAAAUUUAAAAAACAGUCCAGUGCAUUCACAUUAGUGUAAAAAAAAAAUAUACUGUAACGUCUUUUAAAAGCUGAAAAGUUUGAAACAACUCAUCGCCAUCCUUUCAAAUUCAUUCUCCAUUGGUACAACGAAUUUUUUUCUGUAGAAAAAAAAGAAAUUUAUAUUUAAAAAACACACAAGACGGAGAAUUAUUUAUACGUAAUCUAAGUGCUGUGCCAGCCCAUGAAGUGCGCCCUGAGUGAGUUCGCAAAAUGGGUUUUAUUGAUAUACAUAUAUAAUUAAAAAAAAAACUUUUUUUUUUUUUUCAUUUUUUUUUUUUCUCGUAGAUUAACUAUCUGUGAUUUUCAAUCGAUAAGAUGAAUGAUGGUUUUUUUUUUUUUUUUAUUUUUUUCGAAUAUUUGUUGUUUCUUAUAUAUGUUUCUUGCUAUUAAACUUUUUAAAUCACAAAAUAAUAUUAAUACUAGAUAAUAAUAGGAAAAAAAAAAAAAUAUGUAAAGAAAAAUUAUAAAAAAACAAAAAAAAUUAAGAAAAAAUUUAAAAAAAAAAAAAACAAUUGUCCUUGUGUUGAGCACAGGGGUUUUAGUCGUCGAUAUAUUAAUACUUAAAAUAUCGCUUCAAAUGUCAAAUAAAAAAUAAUAUGAGAAACAUAAAAAAUUUAAUUAUAAAAAAGGAAAAAAAAAAAAAACAAAAAAAAUUCUAAGCGUAUAGUGAUGGUAGAAAGAUAAAAAAAAAAUAGAGAAAGGAGACUCGUCUCGUAUCUCUUGUAAUCAGAGCAAUUUUUGUAUUCAUUUAAAUGAUUAAUCAUGGACCCAACGUAAUUGUUGUAAAUGUCCAAUUUUUUUAUACGGUUAAUCCGUGAUAAUAAUAUAGAAAAAUGAGUGAAUGUGUGUGUGUGAUUGAAUGCCUGUAAAAUGACGAGAGAAAGAGAAAGAUAUUUGAUGAAUUUAUAUUCAUAUUAUAAAACAAAAAAAAUAUAUAUAUUAAAAUGAUAUAUUAUAUAUUAAUAAUAAAACAAAGCAUGCAUGUUAGUACGCACGUAAAUAUUGCCCUAAAUUAUGUCAUCAAUUUUAAAUAACAAGGGCUGGCGUUAUUUUUUUUUUUUUAAAUAAUUAUUAUUGUAAAACGCCAAUUGUGCUAUUUACCUAAUUGUUGUGCACGACGUAGAAUAACAAAUUGAUUCCUUAUCUAUACUGGAUUGAUAAUCUUGUCUUUUAUGUUAAAUUUUUUAUACAAAAAAAACAUUUUUCUAAAAAUUUAUAAAAUAUUUUUUUUUCUAUUCAUUUUCAAUUAUUUUGUCAAUGUUUUUUUAUUAUUUAAAAAAAUAUUUUAUUGACUUUGGUUUUUUUAAUUUUAAUCAAUGAUGAAUGUUGUGAAAUUUAUUGUUUAUCGAGCGGUCAAUAAACUUUAAAUUUACAUUUACAUACAACAAAGAUUAUAAUUAAAAAAGUUUAACAAGUAUUUUUUGUUUUAUAAAAAAAUUUUGACGACAAAAUAAAUCAAUUAGAUUAUGUAAAAAGCUGAAAAUUGUAAAUAAAAAAAUAACAAUUAACAUUAUUUAAAAAUGAAAUAUAAUAACAUGAAAGACAUGGAUUAAUAAUGAAGGCAAUGAUGAUGAGAUAAAAUGAAGAAAAUUGUAAAAAAUAUAAAAAAAAUUAUAUAGACAAUUAAUUUUUAGAAUUUAAAAGUAAAAAAAAAUGAAAUUAAAUAUAAUAGAAUCAUGAUUUAAUAUUGAACAUGCUCGAAGAAUUGUAAUAUAUGUAACAUUAAUUAGAUUUAGAAGCUCGUUUAUUAUUAUUUUUCUUUUUUACAAAGUUACGUGCAAAAAAAAAAAAAUAUGAGGGGGGUGGGAUUGGGGGAAAAAAAAAGAGAUAAAAAUUAACAGAGAUUACACACAAACGUGCUGGAUACAAUUUAAUAAAUUUAUGUAGUUGCAGGCAAUCUGUUUUUUGACUCUUUUUUUUUCUUUUUUUUUUAACUGAAAUAUAUAAAUAAAUAAUAAAACGUAUGAAAAAAAAAAUAAACAAAUAAAUUAAUUAUAUUAAAUAAAUAACAAAUGAUGUAUUAGCGCCACUUUAAAUAGUGCUGGUGACGACAGUGUUUCUCGAGCACAAAAAACGAGCGUACUACAAUUUAUAAAUGCAUGUGAGUCUCUUGAAGGUGCUCCUGUGAUAAUAAUAAAAACAAAAAUAAAAAGUGAAAUUAAAUAAUGAAAGAAAACUUGAGUCAAAUAAAUUGAGAUACAUAAUUUUAAAUUUAAUCACUUUGAUGUAAUAAGACAAAAAAAAAAAACUAAAAAAACAAAAAAAAAAAACAAAAUGAAUUAUGAGUGUGUGUGUUUUUUAUUAUUGCUGGUGCAAUCGUUCAUGAUGUUUCUCAAGUCAAGUUAAUAUUUUUCAUCGGCUAUCUGAUUAUUAUAAUAUAAAAAAAAAAAUAAUAAAAUAAAAUGAAUAAUCUCAAUAAUUGAUGUCGAUUAAAAGACACAUUAAUAAUUGAAUAUUAAUUUUUCCUAAACUUUAUUUUUUCCUAAACUUUAUAAAUAUAUAUAUAUUUUUUAAUUUAAUAAUAUUAUUAACAUCGUCAUUUUGUUAAAUUUCGAAAACAAAUGAGCAACAUGAAAAACUCAAUUAUAUUUUAUAAGAAAUUAUUCAUUUAAAAAUUUACUCCGGCUGGUUCGGUGAGGAUAUUUUUUUUAUUUUAUUUUUUUUUUUUAUUUUAUCAUUGAAAAUUUUUGUGGAAGCUGGAGAUAUAAUGAAAAUUUAAAAUUUUUAUCAAAAUGCUUGAGGCUAAAAUUUAGAUAUACCAUUGGGACAUGUGUUGCCACAACUUGAUCAAAAAAAAAAAAUUUUUUUUACUUAUUUUUGUGACUGGGGUUU